AUGGACUUGCUGCAGUGUGCUCAGUGCAAGAACACAAAGACAAUGAAGGUUUUGGAGUAUGUGUCAGCAACAGGAGACCGAGAGGUGCCUGAGGACUGGAAGAAAGCAAAUGUCACCCCAGUCUUCAAAAAGGACAAGAAGAAGGACCCAGGGAACUACAGGCCAGUCAGCCUCACCUCAAUCGCCAGAAAGCUGAUGGAGCACCUCAUUCUGGAAGCCAUCUCUAUCCACAUUGAUGACAAGAGGGUGAUCAGGUGUAGUCAACAUGGAUUCACUAAAGGGCUGCUCCUCCAAAAGAAAGAUGAUACAGUUUCUGCAGUUUGUCUGCAGGAUCAUAUAAUACACACUCAUCAGCUCCAGGAUUUUUCAUUAGCAGAACAUUUUAAGUCAAGGACAAGGGAUACCAAGAACAUUUACAAACCUGUGAACAAAGAAAUGGACAGAAGAAUAGUAGAUACUGGACUAAGAAAAAAGAGCACUCACCACAAAACCAAGGAAGAUGCAGAAAAGGAGUAUGUUCUUGAUCCCAGUACUCCACAGCUAAAGUUAGAAUGCUUUAAAGUCAGGUUUGGUUCUUGGGGUUAUUUUUCUCCUUUGAUAAAACAGGUGCUGCAUUCAUGCUCCCAUGUACUCCAUAAAGCAUGCCUGAAAACCUUUGGAAAACUUACAGGCAAAAAUUGUCCUAUGUGUAGAAAAGAGCAGUAUCAGACCAGAGUGAUACAUGAUGUGGCAUGUUUGGUUAAAAUAAAGUGUGCUAUUAGGUAAGCCUUACUUCUGCUACCUGUGUGUCACUGGACAGGAUAUAUUGUUAGAAAACCGUAGAAAGACUUGAGAGAAACAGUGCCUCCUAAGGAUAGUAAACUAAGAAAGCAAUUAUUUGAGAAAAAGUUAUGUUGCAUUCGCUUCUUUGGUCUGCUUCUUUUGUGUGAUUCACCUUCCUUAAAUCAGAACUCCUAA